AUGACGGCCGGUGGGGAGAUGAGACCUAGUGACUGGGUGGCCGACACGGCAUCACGAGAACUGUGGGAAGCCGUGAUUGUGUUGCUCUGUGAGUGGAGUUGCCUGCAGUCCGGGCCCACGGCUGUGUCACUGUGGAUGACUGUCAGCCUGUGCGAGGAGUGUGACCGCGGCUGUGCUGUCACCUCUUCCAGAGCCCAGGCGGAGGCCGUGGAGGCAACAGCCGCUGGAGUGAGUGAUCGAGAGCAGAUCUGGGGACAGGCCGGACUGCCCCUACUAGACCAGACUCUUCGCCCCCCAUGCCCUGCCGCCCUCACGAUGCCGAACUGUCCGCCUUGGCGGCUGCUACUGCUGCUCUUGUGGUGGGGGCCGCUGCUCCGGAGGGCGGAGACAGGCUCUGAAGGGCAGACGGCGGAGGAGCUGUACCAGCGCUGGGAAAGGUACCGCAGAGAGUGCCAAGAGACACUGGAGGCCUUGGACCCCCCGGCAGGCCUCGCCUGUAACGCGUCCUUCGAUAUGUACGUCUGCUGGGACUACGCUGCCGCCAACGACACUGCCCGUGCGUCCUGCCCCUGGUACCUGCCCUGGCACCGUCAUGUGGCUACAGGCUUUGUCCUCCGCCAGUGUGGCAGUGAUGGCCAAUGGGGACCUUGGAGAGAUCAUUCGCAGUGUGAGAACCCAGAAAAGAAUGGGGCCUUUCAGGAUCAAAAGCUGAUUUUGGAGCGGAUGCAGGUCAUGUACACCGUGGGCUACUCCCUGUCCCUGGCCACACUGCUGCUAGCCCUGCUCAUCUUAAGUUUCUUCAGGAGGCUGCGCUGCACUCGAAACUACAUCCACAUCAACCUGUUCACGUCUUCCAUGCUGCGGGCGGCGGCCAUCCUCACCCGAGACCGUCUGCUACCUCCACCUGGCCCCUACCCUGGGGACCAGGCCCCUGUCCUGUGGAACCCGGACCUGGCUGCCUGCCGCACGGCCCAGAUCGUGACCCAGUACUGCGUGGGUGCCAACUACACUUGGCUGCUGGUGGAGGGUGUCUACCUACACAGUCUCCUGGUGCUUGUGGGAGGUUCCGAGGGGGGCCACUUCCGCUGCUACCUGCUUCUCGGCUGGGGGGCCCCCGCGUUUUUCGUCAUUCCCUGGGUGAUCGUCAGGUACCUGUACGAGAACACGCAGUGCUGGGAGCGGAAUGAUGUCAAGGCCAUUUGGUGGAUCAUACGUACCCCUAUCCUCAUGACCAUCUUGAUUAAUUUUCUCAUCUUUAUUCGCAUUCUUGGCAUCCUUGUGUCCAAGCUGAGGACGCGACAGCUGCGCUGCCCGGACUACCGCCUGAGGCUGGCUCGCUCCACGCUGACGCUGGUGCCCCUGCUGGGUGUCCACGAGGUGGUGUUUGCUCCGGUAACAGAGGAACAGGCCCGGGGUGCCCUGCGCUUCAUCAAGCUCGGCUUUGAGAUCUUCCUCAGCUCCUUCCAGGGCUUCCUGGUCAGCGUCCUGUACUGCUUCAUCAACAAGGAGGUGCAGUCGGAGAUCCGCCGCUGCUGGCACCGCCGUCGCCUGCGCCACAGCCUCGGGGAAGAGCAGCGCCAGCCGCCCGAGCGCGCCUCCGGGACCCUGCCCUCGAGCUCAGGCCCCUGCCGGGUCGCCCCUGACCGCGCCCUGUCCUUGGGGACUCUCCCAGGGCCUGGGGAUGAGGCCAGCCGGGCCUCGGAAAGUUACUGCUAG